AUACUACUUUUGACCAUUGCAUUGACACGUGCACUUAUAAUUUUAUUCAUACGCAUACAUAAGCUUAUAAAUAUUAAAUAUCAUAUGUAGGUAUCCAUAUUCAUAAAUCCACAUUUUAUGCAUACAAGUAUAGUAUCCAAAAAUGAAAGGGCCUUCUUUUGUUGCCAAUAUCUCCUUUUCUCAAUCUUUGAUAAAUUGUAACCAUCCUCUUAUACCAUUUCAUAGUAAUAUUUUUCCUAGUAAUGUGACAUUAAAACCAUUGUUGGCAAAGGUGAAUAAUGUUCAAGGACAAAAGGGUAAAAAUGGAUUUGUAGUGGGAUGUGCUAGUUGGGGUUUGGGCAAUGAGUUGAAGAUAGAACUUGAAGAUGAGAUUGAUGAGGAAAAGGGUAAAAGUGGAAUGACAAAGUUUAGAGAAAAAUGUGGAGAAAGGGAAGAUGUUGUGGAGUUAUUGGAGUAUUUGGAAAAGGAAGCUAUAAUGGGUGAUGACGUUGGGAAAGAACCUAAUGAUUACAAUAGAAGGGCUAAGAUAUUUGAUAAAAGUUCUAGAGUAUUUCAAGCUCUCAAGGAAACAGAUUCGGAUUCCACACAUUAAAUGUGUAUGUGAUGAAGUAAUUCCCGCAUAUGUGAUCAAUAAUUUGAUGCUAGAAUUGAUCCGCGAAUCAGAUUAGACAGUGUAGAUCUAUUUUAAUCCUUUGAAUGUGAUCCCAAAGAAUUCAAUAAAAAUGUUUGAAUGAAGUGACUUUAGUAUGAUUUUGACUAUUUCAUUUUUGUAUAUGAAACGAGCAAAUGGUGACCAAUUUGUAUUUGUAAACUCUAAAGUCUAUACCCCUCUUUUGUGUAUCUUGUAUCUUUUGUUACUUCAAAGAUUGAAAAACUAAUUAUAAGGUGUA